AUGCCAGAAUCAACUUCACCCAUCCUACCAACUAACACCCUCAUCAUCACCAACCUCGAGGUGCCCCAUUUCGAGAAGGAGACCAUGCUCAAGCUCAAGGUCAAGGCAGAGGCCUUUGGCGAUAUCUUUUACUUUGCUCCCAUCAGGUCGUUCUACAGAGUCUUUGUCGUCUACAAGGCCACCUUUGAUGCCCAACGCGCCAAGGCUGCCCUUCACAACACCACUUUUGAAGGAUCCACUAUCCUCGUCUACUUUGGCCAGCACACAGAGACGGUCAUCGAUCCUGCAUCUCGCUACCUGCACCCCCCAGAGCUCGAAAAGAACUGGCUCAUCUCUCCACCAGGCUCACCCCCAAUCGGAUGGUCCCAGGUCCGCGAAGACCCUCCCAACUCCCUGCACUUAGCCGACGAUCUCGUAAAGGCUUUGCUCGAGAUGGGCCAGCCCGUUUACCAACUCCCAAGACCUGAUGGCUCCUUUGCUGACAGAUCUCAUCUCUUUGAAACCGAAAUCGAGGACUUCUCAUUGGACGAUCCACACCUUCAAGAGAGUGCUGCAGAAAACACCGGCUCGGGAUCAGGAACAAAGGAAACGGAUGAUUCUAUCAGCGUCAAGAGCAGUGGCAGCGCAAGUCAACUGCAUCAACAGAUCUUGGACCUCAAAAUCGAUACCCAGUCGUCAUCCGCUCGAUCGGGUUCACCCAACUCGACGCACACUCCAGCGUCAUCCCUGUUCCCUCCAGCAACACCUACUGUCUUGGCAUUCUCGCCCGCGAAGGAGUCAGAGGGAGACCAACCGUUUAUUACAGUUCAGGAUUGGGGUGUUCAAGGUGAUAGCGUUGCAGCACCCACACCUCUGAAGCGCCGCGGAUCCAUCCCCAAGACUGUCUUCCCUAUUGGACCUGCGCACUAG